AUGGCACCAAAAAAGGUCGAAAAAGAACACUUUGCCUUGCUGUCUUCAAUGGCGCUGGACGAGAAGGAGCUGGUGAGCCUUGCCAAACAAGCGAUCAGUGAUUGCAAGCACAGACUCAUGUCUGCAUCACUUGUCAUGUUCACAAUUGCAGAACAAGCACAGGCCGCCAUCCAGGCGCGCCUCUGCCAGAGUCCAUCAAUCUCACUCUCCCGAUUCUACGGGGACCGCUCGUCAGGCUGAUCAUAGACGCCCCUGCCCUUCGGACCCUUCCGUGAGUUCUUUAUGCAUAUAGACACUCAUCUGCUACUUGCUGACGUUUCAUACUUACCUCCUGCCCCCUAUGUUUUCAGGAGGGUCCCUCUUCUUCCGCCCUGGAGCGUCCUUUUGGUUCUGCGCGUUAUACUCUGGAAGAUUCCAUGAUGGACCUUUCUUCCCAGUUUCCACUGCGACUCAAAACUGAGGGAUUUCAUAAUUGAGCACUGACCUCAUCAAGCUGGCAGAUCAACCCCCGCAGUGAUGGUGAGAAGCGUCUCAAUGAUCUGACCAAAGAACGGGACGAUCUCAAGCACGUGAACACCAACCUCGUGGGGAACAACAAGAGACACCAAAUCAGGAACAAGGCGCUCACAAGGGGACUUGCCAAGAAGAAGUUGGCAUUCGAGCAACUCGAAACGGAAAACAGAGAUCUCAAAAAGCAAGUUGCUUCUCAAGCAGAGGAGAUUUGCAUGCUCAAGCGCAAAGGCGACAAGGUCAUUGUCCUCGAGUGA